CAGGCGGCAGCAAUCUCUCUCCGUCCCCGGCGAUGCCGGGAGCCAACAACGACGGAGCGCGGAUGGAUCCCCUGUACCCUUUCCCUCCACGGCCACGGCCAUCCCAUCUUCCUCCCGCUUCCUCCUAUUCCUCUGCGAUCCGGCCCCCAGACCCAGUCCUCACCGCCUUCUCGUCUCGCUGCCGCUGCCGAAGAUUUGGCCUUGAUAAUGCAGAAGUGGUCUUAAUCAUAAAACAUAGCAAUGGGAAUAUCCAAAGUGACUGGAACCGCUGCAGCAGCUUUUCUUGUCAUAUCUGUUAGUUUGUGGGAGCUGGGCAUGAGAAUCGUUAUGCUUCCUUUCCUAUUCACCAGCAUUGUUGCUUGCAUCGUCACUUUUGCAUCUCAUGAUGCUGUCAACCUACCUUGGAUCUUGCGGAAGAACUCAGUGGGAAGAUUCCCUUUUUGGUCAAUUAUACUGUUCGGUCCUUUCUUGAUGCUUGCUCAGACAUAUGCAAUGGUUAAGAGAUUCAUGAGAAAGGAGUCUGUGCAUGACAAGAUCGUGGAAGGCCUAUAUCUGGGAGGAUGGCCGUUUCUGCUGAAGCAUCUGCCCCCUGGAAACCCUUCUGUCAUAGAUUGCACUUGUGAGCUGCCAAGAAGUUCCUUUGUCCCAAAAGAUGAGUAUCUUUGUCUUGCAACUUGGGAUACAAGAGCUCCAACACCAUCCCAAAUUGAACUUGCUGCACGCUGGGCUUGUGAAAAGAGAUCCAAGGGGAAACCUGUUUAUGUCCAUUGUGCAUUUGGUCAUGGAAGAAGCGCUUGUGUCGUGUGUGCAAUUCUAGUAGCGCUGGGUGUCGCUGAAACUUGGAAAGAUGCUGAGAAUAUCAUACGUGAAAGAAGAAAGAUAAAAAUGAAUGCUCUUCAUCGGAAAACCUUGGAAGAGUGGUCCAAACAUCGAGCUGCUCAGAAAAAAGGAAAUUAGGUGUACGUGAUAACAUUUUCCUCAGUGAUUUAACGACUGUUUAAAACAUCAUAAAGUGGCCAUAUUAGGGCCAUUGUAAGAUUGUAGCAUUCUUGAUGUCAAAUAAUACAAUGCACUUGUCAAUCAUUUGCA